CCGGUAUAAAAACUGUUGUCUGUUACUAACUCGAUAAAGGUGAUUGACUGGUUUGGUUAAAGGUCAUUUGAUAGUGAUUACCACAUUUAAGUCGACAGUACGGUUAAUGAAUAAGAUGGCAAACUAUUUGAAACCUGUUGCAGCUGUGUUGAUUCCUAACAUCGGAGGUUUUCUUGGUGGGAUUGUCACGCGGAAAGAAGUGAGGCCUUCAAAGCCAGGGGAGGUGUCCUGGUAUAUGGCCUUAAAGAAGCCAUCAUUCCAGCCCCCUAGUUGGCUGUUUGCUCCAGUGUGGACAGGGCUGUACUGCUCUAUGGGUUACGCAUCCUACAUGAUCUACAGGGACGGUGGCGGUUUCAGUGGAGAUGCCGCCCUGCCCCUCGCCCUUUACGGCACACAGCUGGCUCUCAACUGGGCAUGGUCUCCCCUCUUCUUUGGGCAGAAAAAACUGGGACUGGCGCUUUGUGAGAACAUGCUGUUGUGGGGGUCGAUAUUGGCCACCAUUGUUGCCUUCCACCAGGUGAACGCCGACGCUGCCCACAUACUGCUGCCCUAUCUCGGCUGGGUGUCAUUCGCAAACUUCCUUAACUUCAAAAUCUGGAGGCUUAACAAGGACAGAAAAGACUAGACUCGCAUUGCUUAUCCGGGCCAAAAAUUGUAUCAUGUCCAUUUAACCACACCAAGCAAAAAAUGGACAUUGUCGUAGGUUUUUGGCAUCACAUCCAAUGUUUUACACAAAGAAAAAAACAUUAAUAACCUUAAUGUUAUCAACACAAAAGCGUCGCCAAUCUUUUGUUUUUGUUUUUACAAGCAACUGUGAUAUUUAUUGCUUACAUUGUGUAUGCAGAAAGAUCUAUUUUUGCUUGUUAUGGUUAAAAAGUAGACAAUGGCAGUUUGUGUAUACUGUGUAUAUUGUAGCAUGUGAUAUAUUUAUUCCAAUACAUGCCUUUAUUACAGUUUUGAUAGCAUUCUUUUAUACUGGUUUACGGUUUUGUUAUGAAAUAUUACAUGUAUUGUUAUAUGAUGUUAAGAUACUCCUAUAUGGGCUUAGCUUCCUACCCAGGCCAAACAAAUAAUGAGUUUAGGGCAAUGGUUUCGAGAAUGCUAGGUAGGGUAGGGACAUUUUUUUUUUAAUCUAGUCAACAUCUAAGCAUAAUUUAGUCUUGAAAGUUGAAUGCUUACCUGAUGACAUUUAUAACGAUAUAUAUUGUGUAUUUACUAAUUAAUACUUUAUGUUUUAACUGUAAUCAACACAAAUGGAUUUCACUGUCAACAAUAAAUAUUUUUAUAAUAAUGGGAGAAUCUGACUUUUUUUUUGUUUUAAUAUAAAAAAAUAUCUCAUGGGUCAAGGCGUUUUGCCAGGUAGGGCUGGGUUGCCCUAAAUACAGGCCCCAAUUUCUCGAAACAUCUUACAUCUCUUUUAACAGGAUCAAGCUCAGCACGCUAUUUCGAUUUGGUGUAAGAUGUGCAAUUUUCUCUUUUUUAAGAGUUUUGAGGCUUUUUAAGGAAAUAAUAUUUAAGACAUAUAUAUAUGAUAAACUACUAGCUGUUUCAUUAAAUCAUAUUUUUGUAUUAAAGUAAUAUUGCUAAAUGAAAUAAGAUACUCAAGUGAGUUUCGUUUCAGAAUUUUGGAGGAAUGGGGGCUAGGUAUAUUAUUUUUUUAGGCCUUACUAACAUCUAUGAACUGGAACUCUGUCAGAAUAAGACACGGCCCCAAUAUCCUAAAUAAUGUUAAGUCCCUUACAACAGGAUCAAGCUAAGCCCACUAUUUUUAUUAAUGUGUAAAUUGUUGAAUUUUCUCCUUUUUGAGAGUUUUGCGACUAUGGAAAAUAUUUUAAAAGAUUAUCAUGAUAAACUAUGUUUGGUUUAUAAAAUGAAGUUUGAACAAUUCAUAAGCAGGUAGUCACUCCUGACAGAAGAAGUGUUCAACCAAUGAACAAAAAUUGCACAACCACAUUACUUGGUUGAGAAAUUUGAUGUUCAACAUGACUUGUUUGUUUUUCUAUGUUGUUGUUAAAACCAAACUUGGAUAAUUAUUAUGCUGUUUAGUGAUCGUGCAAUAAAUGUCUUGGUGCAGUGAACAUAUUUAUUUAGUGAUGUCUGAUUACCAGUAUAUAUAUAUGUUUUUUAGCGUUAAAUUUUGUACAUUUUGAAUUAUAUGCUGCAGAUCAUUAAAAUUAAACAUAUUGGAGGACAGUUAUACCCAUGGAAUGUACUUUCUGACAGCAGUGCUUUUUUCUGACCCAUUUGAGAAUGAAAUUUGGUCCAAUUGCUAAUGUUAAAACAUUUUUGUUAAAACAUUUUUUUCCCAAAUACCAAACACCUUGUGAUAGAAAUUAAUUGGUAUUCAUUUUUGUAGAACAAAUGAUUUUUAGUAUCUGCUUUAUUUUAAAAAAAGAUUACACAUUAUUUAAAUGAAAACUGGCCAUGUUUUCAUUGUCCAUUAAGAUUUGACCAAGGAGGAGUUCUGUUUUAAAGUUUAUUCCUUCAAGUAAACAGGGUUAUACAAAAAUGCUUGUUAGUUUUUUGUAUUCAAGAACAUGUAUAUCAUUCUUGUCAAUAAAUAUACAAAACAAG